CACUGAAAGCGAGAGGACAGCGUCUUUGCUGAUCCAGCUCCGUCUGAAUUCAGCCAACCAAACAGGAUCGACCUCUUUCUCUCUCUCUUGCUCCCUCUCUUUCUCUCUCUCCCCAGCCAUAGACACACAUCAGCCAGAAGAGAGGGAUGUCACAGCUGAAGGAAAGCCAGUCCUCCUUCUCGGUCUGCAUGACAAACAAGCUCAGCGCGACCAUUCUUCACCAUUACGCACGGGGUAUUUACUUCUUUUACGCGCUCUCCGGAGACAAAUCGGUCCAAUUUCGGACCCACUACUGACCGUUUAUCUGUCGUAUCUCUGCUCCUGGUGAUAAUGCUUCCCAGUCCGGUCAUACCUUCUUCCACCACACCUUUUUCUGUGAAGGAUAUCCUCAAAUUAGAGUUGCAGCAACAAACCCAGCAGCACCAGCUCCAGUUGAUCUCCUGCUUCGGUCUCUCUGGUGCACUGUCACACCAGCUGGGCCCAAACAAACCCCUGCGCUCCCACUCACCGCCCUCCUGCAUGUUGGCCGGCAGGGACAGUCCCAGCCCCAUCAGCUCCGGCCUCUCGGAGAGCGAGGAGAGGAUGUCAUACCUCAACACCAUGUCGGUACCGGACCGGCUGGUAGGGUCUGGUCUUUCCGUCGAGAUGUUCGGAAUCCCGGAGCAGAACCAAUCUGCAGAACUCCGGCUGGAGACCGAGCCAGAGGACCAAGACAGCA